GACAGGAAAUAAAAUAGCAAAAGCCAAAACAGCCAAAACGCCAAAACAUUAAAAUAUCAAUCAUUUCUGUGAAUCAUUUAUCAUUUGCAGUUUUGGUUUGCAGGCACGACUCACGAUUUUCCUGUAAUUUUAGCUCUACGUAUCGUAGCUUUUACGUCGCGAGAUGAGUGAAACAAGAGAGAAUAUUUUCUUAUUUGUUCCCAAUAUCAUUGGCUAUGCCCGGAUUAUACUUGCUAUAGUCUCGUUUUACUAUAUGCCCACGCAUUGUGGGUUUUCUUGUAUAUGUUAUGUUACUUCUGCCCUAUUGGAUGCGAUCGAUGGUCAUGCGGCGCGGUAUUUUAAUCAAAGUACUAAAUUUGGAGCAAUGCUGGACCAGCUCACUGACCGGGCUGGUACUGCUGGACUCCUGAUGACCCUUGCUACAUUUUAUCCAAAAUACACCUUUUGGUUCCAAAUAUCUAUGAUCAUUGAUAUAACAUGCCAUUGGAUCUUCCUACAUGCGUCAAUUCUGCAAGGAAAGACGUCUCACAAGUUUAUAGAUAUGUCAGAAAACCCGAUUAUGCAUGUUUAUUACACAAAUAAGACAGUGCUAUUCUGCAUGUGCGCGGGGAAUGAAGCCUUCUAUGCAGCUCUGUACGUCAGCUACUUCUAUACAGGAUUUACAAUCUUCGGAAUUGGAAUAUUUCCAAUGAUAGCUGUUCUGUCGGCGCCUGUUGCUCUAGUCAAGACACUGAUCUCAGUACUCCAUGCUAUUGUAGCCUCCAUUAACUUGGCCACAAUUGAUAAUCAGGAGAGAGCUGCCAUCGCUGCCAAACAAACUAAUUAGUAAAGAAUAUGUUUUCUAAUUUCAAAAUUCCUUGUUCCAAAAAUUAUAUUAAUAAUCCUCAUGUUUAAAAGGACAUAGUUUAUUCAUUGUCGUGUUUGUUAAAACUAGGUUCCGUUAAUAUGUUUAAUAAAAACAACCUAAUUUUGUUGAUGUAAUUUAUGUAGUGGUAUAUUGUUGUGACACAUUGAAAUUUAAAUACAAAGUAUCAUUAGGAUACUCUUUAUCUAUGUAAGUUGCUUAGCUAUUUACUUUGUUAAUUUUAUUUACUUGUUCCAUUUAUAAUUUUAUUUGUUUAAUUGUCUCGAAUUAUAGAGAAGUUAUUUUUUAUACACAAAGCAUUCACAAUAACAUUACGCCUAUGCCUAUAUUAAUUAUUAUUUGUGGUAAUUUUUAAUGAUUUUGUGAUAUUUUUUAAGCGUUCUUAUAUUAUGAAUUUGAUUCUAGAAGUCAUAUUAUUUUUAUUUUAUUUUUUUAAACAGCCAAAUAUUUUAUUAUAUGUGGCAACAAGAUAAUCUGUGUGGUUACGUUAAUUUUAUUGAUGUUACUAUCUAGAAUCUAGAUUAAGAUAAGAUUUAAUGUAAGUACAAAUAAAAUAUUUUGUCACCCUCUUGUAGUAAAAGAUAAUACAUACAAUAAUGAUCAUAAAGUGGAAGCAUUUAUAUUUGAUCAAGGUUCCAUUAACAUUGACAAGUCUCAUUUCCAUUUUAAUCAUUUUUUGAACUUAAUAUAUUAUAAGAUACAGAGACAGUGUAUUGGACCUUAUUUUUAGCAUUUAUCUCUAAGUUUCAUGACAUAUUCCUGAUGGAAAACAUUGUUAGUUGCAUUUUCAGCUUACUUUUAAGAUGUUAUGAUGGCUAUAAUAAUUUCAUGUAUUUUUUUGGUGUCUAAUUUAUUCUUGAAACUUGACUCCUCAAAUUGAUGUUGUAAAUGUAAUGAUGUGAAAUAAAUUAUUGAAAAUGAAAA